GCUUUGUCUGCUGUUUUGUUAGCUUCCUAUACAGUGUUAUUGACUAUUAAACCGGAUAAGGAUGGGAACCGGAUGAAAAUUGCCAAACUGGCUGGUUUUUUUGGAGAAAACAGUGAACUGGAAGGUUUUUUUUAAACCAGACGGUUUGAAAUCAAUAAAACUAAAAAAAAUAAAAUUGAACAGUUCAAUUUUUAUUUGGGCUAUUUUUUUGAUUUUGCCAUAAAUCUCGCAGAAAUAGAAGGCAGCAGCUUCUCUCUCCAGCGACAGGGAGGCAACAAAUAUGGAAACACUGCUCUGCGCGACAAAGCGACAGGGAGGCAGCUUCUUCUCUCUCCAGCGACACUACUCUGUGCGAUACUCAGGCGAAGGCGACAACUCAGGCGAUUACUGCUCUGCGCCACACUCAGGCGGAGGCGACAACUCAGGUGACCUCUCCGACGACGAACAACAGCUAAAGGAGGUGACAACACAGGCGUCCGCUCCAGAUCGUUAAGGUAAAAUGGCUGUCCUCUCCUCCUUUCUCCUUUC